UCCCCCUUGGCUGAUGCAAUGUUGCCUCAUUAGGGACUCUAAACGCCAGUUUGACUUUGAGUAUAAAUAGAAGGUCACAACUCUAGGGGUAGCUGUGCGGAAGAAGGAGACAGCAAAUAGGAGACAGCAGGAGGGGCUUUUCCAGGGAGCUCUUUACUGUGGGCCUCGGGCUGAAGGACAGAGAGCAGGCACGCCAGAAGGGACGCUGGGGUUGACACCCACGGUCUCCUUUCGCCCCGCUCAUUAAUUUAGCCCGUGCCUUUCAGCCGCAUGAUGCGGUAAAAAAGACCUCCUGCCACGGCGAGAUGUCUGCUUUGCACAGAGGCCUGGAUUCUGCCCUUUCCUCCUCAGGAGUUCAAACGAGUCACUUCUCUCACACCGUAGAACUUUUGGGUGCAGCAAGGCAAACGCGUUCAGAUGUUUUCGUGUCUUGGGACGUUAUGGGAGGUAGGAGGAAUUGAGUUCCCGGACCUCAGGUGCAGUGCACAGGUCCACGGCAAAGUCUUUCCUCCUCAGGAUCCGUGGCCAGACCUUCCUUGUCCAUGCUUCUCAAAGUUCAGGCCACAGAUAUUGUUAACAGGAUCAUUCCAGAGCCCCGUUUUUAAAGGUACGGCACACUGGGCCUUACCCAGGAUUCACUGAGUCAGCGUCUCCGGGCAUGGAUCCCAGGAAUCUGCAUUGUAGCCACCUUCCUGGUUUUUGUUUGUUUUUUCCUUUGCACGUUAUUAUGUGAGAAAUAGGGCCAGCUGCCACCAGCUUUUAGUCUUAAUAAGGGCUAAGCUCUUAGCUUAGUAUGGACCCUCUCUCAGUGGCUUAUGGAUUGAGCACUCCUGGGUUCCACUCAUAUUAAAGGACAUUAGGAGAGGGUAGUUUAUCUCAUGAUUUACUCGACAAGCAUGAUUCUGAGGGAGUCAGGCGAAGAGUGUUAGAGGUAUCAAGAAAUUUUUAAUCAAUUGAGUGAGACAGAGACAACAUCUGUACCUUGGCCACCUCUCCCGUAGUGUGUGGGUUUAGUCACUUCUGCUCAUCACACAUCUGAUUAGAAACACAGCCACAACCAGCGAAGCAGUAUUACAAGCUGCUUCUCAGAGGCUCUGGCACUGCCAUUGAUAAUCCAAGCUUUCAGCAAGAGCACACCACAGCCGUUCUGGAGCUUGGGACUCUAAAAUGGCAGAGCAGCUUUCUCCGGGAAAGACGACAGACCAGGUGUGUACCUUCCUCUUCAAAAAGCCUGGUAGACAAAAAGGGGCUGCAGGCUACAGAAAGCGCCCCGUCUGCAACCGGGAGUCUGGAGACGGCAGCAGCAGCAGCAGCAGUGACGAAGGCAGCACAGUGGUUCGCCCAGAAAACAAGCGGGUGAUCCACAAUCCGAUGAUACAGAAGACCCAUGGUGGUGGUAAACAGAGGGUGGCUGCUCUGUUGAGCAGCAAGGAGGAGGAGACCGAGCUCCAGAGCCUUGGCAUGGUGUACAAGUCCACCCGCUCAGCAAAGCCUGUGGGACCAGAGGAUAUGGGGGCGACUGCAGUCUACGAGCUAGACACAGAGAAGGAGCGUGACGCACAAGCCAUCUUUGAGCGCAGCCAGAAGAUCCAGGAAAAGCUAAGGGGCAAGGAAGAUGACAAGAUCUAUCGGGGGAUCAAUAAUUAUAAGAAAUACAUGAAGCCCAAGGAUACGUCUAUGGGCAAUGCUUCCUCCGGGAUGGUGAGGAAGGGCCCCAUCCGAGCUCCCGAGCAUCUUCGUGCCACUGUGCGCUGGGAUUACCAGCCUGACAUUUGUAAGGACUACAAGGAGACUGGCUUUUGUGGCUUUGGAGACAGCUGCAAGUUCCUCCAUGACCGUUCAGAUUACAAGCAUGGGUGGCAGAUCGAACGUGAGCUUGAUGAGGGUCGCUAUGGUGUCUAUGAGGAUGAAAACUAUGAAGUGGCAAGCGAUGAGGAGGAGAUACCAUUCAAGUGUUUCAUUUGUUGCCAGACCUUCCAGAAUCCAGUUGUCACCAAGUGCAGGCAUUAUUUCUGCGAGAGCUGUGCACUGCAGCAUUUCCGCACCACCCCUCGCUGCUAUGUCUGUGACCAGCAGACCAACGGUGUCUUCAAUCCAGCGAAAGAAUUAAUUGCUAAGUUGGAGAAGCAUCGACCUGCAGAAGAGGGUGAUGCUUCCAACUUCCCAGAAGAUCUAGAUGAGAGUCGGAUCCCCAUUACUUAGUUUUCCCAUUAUUCUCAUACCUCAAAAUAAAUAUUUUGUGCUAAGCAACGGAUUUGAAAAUGAGUACAGUAAGAGGGUAGGAAAAAAAAGAGGCCGAGGGACAUGCUAACCAUACUCUUGAAUCAGAACCUUUGCAGUUGCUGUUCCCUGUGUUUCUGGGACACUUCACCCUCAGAAUUCUAUAUGACUCACUCCCUCACAUUCUCCUGGUAUCCAUGCAAAUGUCAUCCAUUUAAGUGAGGACCUCACUGACUGCCUUAUUUAAAAUAGCAACACCAAUCCUGUCCCUAUCACUGUCUAUCCUCCUUCCUCUGUUUUUUCUCCAUAGAAUUUAUCACUGUCUGGUAUAUAUUUACUUGUUAUUUGCUUGUUUCUCUCUCUUCUCACUAGAACAUAAGCCCUAUAAAGAAUUUUGUUUCACUGCUGUGUUUCACUGCCCCGUUUCACUGCUGUGAUCACAAAAUAUCUCCCACCCCAACCCUGCAAAUACUUGACACACAGUAGGUUCUCAAUAUAUUUUUUAAAUGAACGAAUGAAAGAACAAACCAGAAAAAAGAGAUAAAAGGGAACAGCUAACGAAGUAGGAGGAAAACCUGGAGGUAUCUCAGAGGCUAAAACAAAAAAAAGGUUUGGAAAUGGAAUAUGGUCUAAUAUGUUAAAUGCUGCAGAAGGGUCCAGGAAGAUGAUAAAGCAACAAAUGCAUUACAUUUGGCAUUAUGAUAGUAACUGAUGUUGACAAGAGCAGUUUCAGUAUAGUGGUUAGGACAGGAGUCAGAAUUAUUAAGGGUGAGGUGAUACUAGGAGAUAAGGAAGUGGAAAUAGAGGCAGUAGGUAACGAAUUUGAGAAGCUGCUGUGAAGAAAAGUACGAGUAUAAGGCAGUUCAUAAAGAGGAAUAUGAGAUGAAGGAAGGGUGUAUUAUUUGCUCUGGAUUUUUAGUGGGGUAUUGAUUAUCUCCUGCCACAAUAUUGCUGGUUAACAAACAACCAUAAAACCUUAGUGGCAUUCGAUAAUACGCAAUUUGUAUUUCCCUGGCGUGGUUAGCUAGGUGGCUUUGCUUUACGUCUGGAAUUUGGCUGAUGUAGGCUGGCUUCAGCUGGGAUUACUUAAGUAUAUUCCACGUGUCUCUCAUCCUCCACCAGCCUAGUCCAGGCAUGUUCUCCUCGUGACACUGAGCCACAAUACCUAAGUGGAAAUGGGCAAGUUCUCUUGCCAGUUCAGAACCAGGACACUGUCACUUUGUCUUCAUUCUCCUGACUAAAGCAAGCAAGAAGCCAGCUAGAUUCAAAGGAGAAGUAGUCCAGUUACUAUUGCUCUGAUGCAAACUGCCCUAAAACUUAGCAAUGAAAAGUAACCAUUUUAUUACAAUGUCUUUGGGUCAGGAACUCAGACAGGGCACAGUAAGGUUGGCUUUCCUCUGCCCCAUGAUGUCUGAAACCUCAGGUGGUGAGAUUCAAAGACUAGGGACUGGAAUCAUCUGGAGGCAUCUUUACUUGUGUUUGAUAGUGAUACUGGUUGUCAACUAGGACUACAGCUGGAGCUCUUGGCUGGAACACUAGCAUGUGUCUUCUCCAUGUGGGUUAGACUUUCUCACACCAUAACAGAAUUAAUUGCUUCUUUCAUGGCAGCUCAGAACUCUGAAGGCUGAUAACCCAGUGUGUAAAGCAUGAAUCAGGUCUUCUUUUAUUACCUGGUCUCAGAAGUCAAACAGUGUCCCUUCUGAUGUAUUCUCCUGGCCACAAACCAAUUCUCAAGCCUUCUCCAGAUUUAAGGAGAGGAGGAUUAUACUCUACCACUUAAUGGAGGAGUGGUAAAUUUAGGAAAUGGAUGCAGGCACAUUUAUGAGUGGGAGGGGGAAGAAGAAAGGUGCAGUAGUUUACUUUCUAAUAUUAGUUGUACUUCAUUCGGUGUUGCUUGACCCUAUGUAUUCAUUCUACCUGAGAGCAGCCAACACAGACCAGAAGGUUCUUCACCCUACACGGAAAGAAAAUGUAUUUUUAACCUGAGACUGGAGCUCCCAGGAUAAAGAGUUUAUCCAAAUUGACUCCACCUACUCGAUUUUGAAGUUAAGUGCCUGAAGAUUCUUGGGCAUGGCUGCUGAAAAAGCUGCUUUACAUUUAAAAGUCUCAACAGAGAGUAUAAAAGCAAGUGUCAGCAGUCAUGUAUUAUAGGAGUUGGUUCUCAGUGUUUGACUCAGUGAUGCCCAGGGCCUUCUCCUGAGACAUUUCUAGGGUGGCUUUGGUGUCCAGAAACUUCAGUACAGCAACGCUUUACAGACCAUGCUGAUUGCAGAUUAAUUUUGCAAAAACCUAUAAGAUAUUUCAGGUCUUUUGAGUUAUUUGAGUAUUCAAUUUAAUUUUAGCCACAGAUGUUUAUAUAGGAUUUCUCUUAUUUCAUUUGAUAUAUUUAAUCGUAAUGUGCCAUUAUUUCAAAUCACAUAUUGGAUAUGUUAAACCUAAACAUGUGGGAAAUAAAUGAAACUUUUAAAAGUAGA